UAUGUUUCGGUAUAUUUCUGAGGGUCGGACGGUAUAUUUUAUCGAUAAGUCCGCGGUCACACUGCUGGCUAAUUUUCAAAACAAAAGACGCCGAUUCGAGACGCCAUGGAUCUAUCCCUGCAACAAGUACUCAACUUGCGGAAAGUGCAAGAUGAUUGGAAUACUAGCACCGCCUGUUAUCUGGACCUGUAUCGCAAAAUCAUGAAGAAGUUGUAUACUGCAGAUCUCCGCAAUUUGCUAAACGGCGAGAUCAAAAUAAUGGAUGUUGAGCUCAAUAUACCCCAACUGGAUCCAAUUCCUACCGAGCCGGAGGAAUACACGACCAUGCUAGAGGUA